GAGAAAGAAAAGGCAACAUCCCACCACCAACAUCCAUACUUCUAUAAGGCUAAGGGAAUCAACCCACUAAAUACCCAAAGACCCUUAUUUUUCUUUCAAUUUCUGUUCAACCAUGGCCUCUUCUUCCACUUCUCACUCUCGGUGGAGCUAUGAUGUGUUUUUGAAUUUUAGAGGUGAAGAUACUCGCAGAAACUUCACUGAUCAUCUCUACAAGGCUUUGAUUCAUAGCGGUUUUAGAACCUUUAGAGAUGAUGAAGAAGUUCGUAGGGGUGAAGAGAUUGCACAAGAGCUCUUAACAGCUAUUGAGGAAUCAAGGAGUGCCAUUGUUGUCUUCUCAGAAACCUAUGCUCGUUCCAAAUGGUGUCUGGAAGAGCUUGUCAAGAUCAUGAAAUGCAAAGAGGAAAGGGAGCAAAUGGUAGUUAUCCCAAUUUUUUAUCAUGUGGAUCCGUCUGAAGUGCGGAACCAAACUGAGAUUUACGGAGAAGCAUUUACCCAUCAUGAGAAGAAUGCAGAUGAGGAGAGAAAGGAAAAGAUAAGGAAAUGGAAGACUGCCCUGAGGCAAGCAAGCAAUCUAGCCGGAUAUGAUGCGAAGAACAGCUAGAGACAAAAAU